AUGACCGUCACAGCAUUUCCCACCGAGGGAUCUCCAGACCUUGCCCUUCUCAAUGUCGCCCGUCUAUUCACCCGCCUGGAACACAACCUCCUCUCCCCAGGCGCAGACCGACGCUCCCUCCAACACUCCGAGUACCAGCGCAUGCGCAUAAACAAGAACGUCGAAUAUGCCCGCACCCUCCUGACCCAACUAGAACGCAGCAUCCCCCAACUCAAACCCCUCGACCGCAAACACGAAGCUCAAGCCGAGAUCGCGCGUGAUCGACAAUUGCUCAAGCGGAUUCAGUCAAUUCUCGAUGAAGAAGAUGCCAAAGCACAAGUGAAGCAAAAACAGGCGGAGGCGGAUGACGACAACGACAACGACGAAGACAACGAUAAUGAUACCGAAGACGAAUGGAAGGAUCUCUUCUCCAAGCCGAUAUCUAGAGAGAAGGUCGUGGCCUCGGUGCCCCCGCCGAAGAGACAGCCUGCGCCAAUUCGCACGGUGGAAGUGCAGUGGGAUGAGAUGGAUGAAGGGCAUUCGAAAGCGAGCCUGUCGUUGGACCCCUCCGGUCCAAGCUUUACGCUUACGGAGCCGACGCCGACGUCUGCGACUGCUCCAUCUCCGUUUCCUACUUUGCGGAAUCGGCAUGUUUCUUCGCAAGAUUCGGUGGCGUCGACAUCGACAUCUACGAGUGAGAGACCGACGGCUACUACGACGAGCAGUAGUACUGGCAGUACUAAUAUUAAUGCACAAUCGAAAGCGACGGCUGAGAAAGAAUUGAGUUCCCAUCGGAUGGAACAGGAGGAUUUGACCAGUUCGUUGUUGACGCUAGCCUCGCAAUUGAAGUCCUCGUCGAAGACGUUCCAGUCUACGCUUGAAGGCGAGAAGUCCGCGCUCGACCGCGCUGUUUCGGGAAUUGACCGGACGAGUACGACUAUGGAGGCGGCAGGGAAGAGGAUGGGGUUGUUGAGAAAGAUGACGGAGGGGAAGGGGUGGUGGGGACGCAUGAUGCUCUAUGCUUGGAUUUUUGGGUUGUGGGUUGUUGCUAUUUUGAUUGUUUUUGUUGGACCUAAGUUGAGGUUUUAG